GCUGACAGCGCAGUGGAGCGUGGAAGAUGAGGAGGAGGCGGCGAGAGAGCGGCGGCGGCGGGAGCGAGAGAAGCAGCUGAGGUCCCAGGCAGAAGAGGGCUUGAAUGGCACCGGCUCCUGCUCGGAGAGCGCGGGUCCGGCACAGGAAAACCACUAUGACUUUAAGCCAUCCGGGACUUCAGAGCUGGAGGAGGAUGAGGGGUUCAGUGACUGGUCCCAGAAGCUUGAGCAGCGCAAACAGAGGUCUCCACGACAGUCGUAUGAAGAAGAGGACAGUGGUGUGAGGGAAGCCGAAGUCAAACUGGAGCAGAUCCAGCUGGAUCAGGAAAGUGCGGAGGAGAUCCGGGAGGAGAAUGUGGUUACAGGGGAGGAAGAGAGGCUGUGCCAAGAGGAAGAACAGGUCCGAGAGCAGGAGGAAGAGGAGAGAGCCGAGCAAGAGGAAAAGAAGAGAAGGAGAAAUGAAGAAGAAGAAGAAGAAACACCAGAAAAACGCCCGAAGGCCCCAAGCCCUGCCAGCCUGGAGGAGGAGGAGCUGUGCUCUGACCACACCGCAGUGUGCUCCACCAAGAUCACGGACAGAACCGAGUCACUGAACCUGCGCCAUAAAGAAAAUGUAUCUCUAGCUAACAGCAUAAAGAAGACCCAGCCUCCCCUCCCUGUGUCGAAGAUCGAUGACAGGCUGGAGCAGUACACACAGGCUAUUGAGACAUCCACAAAGGCUCCAAAACCCGUCCGACAGCCCUCUCUCGACCUUCCAACCACGAGCAUGAUGGUAGCCAGCACAAAAAGCCUCUGGGAGACUGGAGAGGUCGCAGCUCAGUCUGCCGUGAAGUCCCCACCCUGUAAGGAUAUCGUGGCUGGAGACAUCGUGAGUAAAAGAAGCCUUUGGGAACAGAAGGGCAAUCCCAAACCCGAGACCAACAUCAAGUCCACUCCUGGCAAAAAGUAUAAAUUUGUUGCGACAGGCCAUGGCCAGUACAAGAAGGUGUUGAUAGAUGAUGCUGCAGAGCAAUAGCAUGCCUGGAGAACUCGUUAACCAGCUGAGCUUGGUCCUGGCUCGAUGCAACCCUCAAUGCCACUAUUUCCUCUGCUCCACAGAAGAUAAUUGAAGGAUGUUUCUCUUCUCCUCCUGCCUGAUGUCAGUCUGCUUCGGUACAGCCUGACUCCUCUCGGGGUGUGAGCAAUACCCCAUGCUGCCUCCGGUUGGAU